AUGGAGAUAAGAUUAGAAGUUUUGACAUCAACGAGUAUCAAGCAGAAAAAACCCUGGCCACGAGUCUCCUGGUUGGGACAGGAAAAUGAAGCUGUUUUUCUUUUGGAUGAUAGAUUUGUAAAUGAAAUUAAUUUGCUCUCAGGAAGGACAAAGAAGAAAAUUCCCAGUCUUCAGCCUUUGUUGAAGGAUGUUAUACUCCUAACAACCUCCAGUAAUGAUGCCUGGCUGGCUGGGGUACUCACUACAGGUGAGGUUUUCCUCUGGAACAAAGAUCAAGAUUGUUUGAAAACUAUACGAGCAACUGAAAAGCCUAAGGAAAUGAUUAAAGCUGCAGUAGCAAGCUCUUCGAGACUGUACUUGUAUGUAUCUGGCAAUGGGAAAAGAGUUCUGCUUAUAACUCCUUCUGGAUGCAUAUUCCUUUGGGAACAUUUGGAAUUCAAGAAUGUCUUAUCUUCUAAAAGCCUUUCCUUGGUGGGCCAGUGGUCCCAGAUCAUGCCUGAAGAAGCAGUUCCUUUACCUUCCACUGAAGAUAAAGAAGCCGUAGUGCAUGCUGUUUUUAUAAAAAAUGAGUUAUUUGGAGACUGCUGCUUGUGUUCAUUUACUUUCUAUUCCGGGGAAUGCCUGAAGUUAACAUUUCUAGCAAUUCGGUGGCAUGAAAGUGUAUUUACACCUGUAAGAUCACUGCCAUAUUGUGUUCAGUGGGCUCAGCAGGAUUGCCUUCUGUGCAGUCUGAUCCCUAAAUGUGAAUCAGUGAAGUCAAGGGGAGCUCUGAUUUCUGCAUUUUCAAGAGAUGGACUUAACCUGGCAGUAACGCUUAAUCAGAAAGACCCAAAGGCAACUCAGGUAUUAUUUAUAAACACACUGAAUUUUGUUACUGUCUAUGGUAGCCUUAAAGGAUGUAGUAAUAAGAAUCCUGUGGUUCCAGCCACUCUUGUCAGGUCAUACUGGGUAGGUGAUGUCAGCUGGACUCACGAUAGUCUUUUUCUGGCUUGUGUGUUAAAACGUGGCUCCCUGGUUUUAUUGACCUGUCACGGUGAAUUGCUAACGUUAAUUACAUUUGGUUGCUCUAUAGAAUUUGGGCCAGCAGAAUUUAUUCCUCUUCACCCACUAAUAACAUAUAGACCACAGCAGUUUACACUUCAAGAUUCAAAUAAUUCUGUAGAUUCAUCAGCUUCAGAUAAUGACCCUAUGAGACAGAGAUUCUCUAUAAAAGCACACUCACGAUUACCCUACCUUAUUGUUUCUGAUGGAUACAUGGUCACAACCCUUCGAUUUCUUGAUAAUCUGUCUCCAUCAGUGCUCAUGAGAUCCCUUCUACUUGAUUCAACGCAGAGGCUUGAGAAAACAUACGAAAGUGUGAUACUGUGUAAGCCAAAAGGCAAAGGUCUGAACUUGCGAUCAUUGAAUUCCCUAAGAUCUAGCUUGUUAAAGCACCAAAGAAAUGAAAAUGAAGCUGAUUCUACUGUUCCCAAAUUCUUACAAGCAGAAGAAACAUUGAAGUUAAAUGAAGAAACAGCAGACCUGCAGGAUUUUGAAGCAGAAGAGACUGAUGACGACAGAUGUUUUCCAAACAGCUUAUUCUCUUUUUGGAACCAAAAAAAUGGUCUGUUAUUUAGUAGUGCUGAUGAGGGAAGAUUGGAAUUUGCUUCUAUGUUUGAUACGAUACAUGCAAAAGAUAAUACUGAGGAAACAGAUAAAGCUGUUACAGAACUGCACUCUGUCCAGAAAAAUCUCCUUGCAGCAUGGACUAUAGGAAUUUCAAAAAAUGUGGCAGAAAAAAAUUUAAUGUUAAAUUACACAGUAGUUUGUAUCACUCAUUUUUUGUAUAUUCUUCAGUUUAUAAAAUGUCCUUUUCCCAAACUUGAUCUUUUUUUAAGCAAGAGCUCAAAACAUAAUACAUGGGUACUUUGUAUCUUUCAACUUUUUCAUCAGUGUUUAUCAAUCCAGUAUUGGGAUAUGAGAUACAAGCAAGAUAUAGGACAUUUGGUGAAGCUGACCUCAAAUACUAUAAAGCUUUUGCUAACACAGCAACAACAGGAUCAGUUAUUCUCAGAGAAGAUUUUAGCCUGUUUUCAUUUACUCAGAAUGGUAGCUGAUCAUUUAAAUGGCGUGUACAGUCUUCAGCCUGAAGUUAUUUCAACAUCAGCUGAUGGAAGUAGAAGAGUGAAGCAAGACUCAUUGGUGUUACCCAUUUUUCAAGUGUUUCAAGAUAGUGAUUCUUGGGAAAACUGGUCUUGGAACUCAUCUUUCAAGAUUCGUCCUCAAUUAUUAGAUUUUGUGCAACAGCCAGGACGCAGAUUGGUUGUUCUCUGGAGAAUAUUGUACAGUAAGACUUUAUGGUAUCAAACGCAGUUAAGUCAAAGAGUUCCUGAAGAUGGCAUGCAGUUAGCUGAAAAGAUGACACAUGAAACAUCUGCUGUCAAGUCCCUGUUAUGCCAUAUACAGGCUGAACUGCAGACUGCUGGAGUUCGCUUGAACCAGACCUUAGAACUUAAAUCUAUCAAUGGGGAAGAGUAUUUCCUACUAGGAUCAUAUGAAAAAUCUGUUCAAAUAUGGAAGAAAGCUCUACAAGAAACCCAAGAGAAAGGAGGAAGAAGGACAUGUUUUCUUCAGCUUCGCUAUUAUCUUUCUCUUUUAUACUGCCACCUCUAUAACUAUAAUUUAAAUGAUGCUCAAGGAUUAUGUGAUCAGCUAGUAAGAGAAAUACUGAAAUGGUCCCACCUUCCUGUAAAAGAAAAUGAAGAUUGUUCAGUUCCUGAGACAUCUCCUUGUGAGUCUGGGGUGACUGGAAGUAUUCAUUCUGAAGCGGCGGUGAGCGUGGUCCAGUCCAUGGCUCGCUUCAUGGCUGCCUACUUCACCAAUCAGCUGCUGUGCAUUUUGCCACCUCACAGUGUGAAUGUUCUUCCUCCCCUUCAUAUUAAAACAGAGCAGCCCUUUCGACUUAUUCCUCUGCAACACUCUAAAGUGACCAGUGUGGUCAGAGAGCAGAAUCUUUCCGAUGUGUGGACUGUUGAAUAUGCCCUUGAAUUAUUAUUGAUUGGUGGCCUGGUUCCAGAAGCCGUGUGGUUGGCACAUAAACUUGGAGACUGGAAGACAUCUAUUUCUGUUGGUGUGGCUUUUCAACUCUUCUGCAAACAUGGCAGCAAUUUCACGAGAUCCAAGGAAAAGAGUCUGACUCUACCAUUAAAUAUAACUCCAGCACAGAUUUUUCAGGAAAAACUACAGUGUUUCCUAGGUCAGCCAGCCUCUUCGGAAGCAAAAAAUGAAAUGGGCUCAAAAUACAAACAGUUUACAGAUCCCAUUGAAGAAGAAGAUGCGGAUCUGCUGUUUAGCUCUGUGCAGGAAAUACUGAAAGCAGCAGUUAUGGCUGAUGCAGAUAUUCUUUCAGAGACUUUUCAACUUCUGAUAAACUCUGCCAAGGACUUCAGUAAGAGACUGUGGGGCUUAGUGCCUGUCAGCUUGUAUCUUCCAGCUCCUCCAUUGUAUUGUCCUCAGCCAGCUGUUCUUAGUGAAGAAGAUGGUGAUGAUCUUCUUUUAAAAGCUGAAAAAGAUAAUCGCCAAAAGGUGUCUGGAAUCCUUCAGCGUGUUCUCUUGCUUUUCCGGGCAGCUCGGUGUUCUUUUCCUGUAGCACAGUGGUACAUCUUGCAGUUGAGAUGGGCAAGAAAAGUCAUGCAAAAGAUUCGCAUGAAAGGGUCCCUUCCUUCAUUGAGUCCUUUCCCUGAGUCGUUACUUAAUUACUGUAAAGGAGGUGUAGCAUUCUUUCGACCUGGAGCAGCUGGAGACCGGAAGCUUGAUGAAGCGUCCGUUAAAGCAAUAGGUUGCUUCAGAGAACUUUGUGCUUUGUGUUGGAUGCUGCAUAUCCGUGAUAAGUUGUCCUAUAGUUGCAGGCAGUAUCAGAAGGCAAGAGAAAGUGUGGAGGAAAAGAAGGACCUUGAAGUGAACUUUGACCCUUGUCUGGUUGAGCACUGUCUCAAUGCAGUGGAAUGGGCUUACAGAAUGUUGCCCUUCUCUCGGUUUUCUAAUAUUGAAGAACUUAUUCAGGAUCUGAUUUUGAGCCUCAUUGCAGAACUUCCGCCAAUCAGAAAGGUGGCAGAAAUUUUUGUGAAGGCCUUUCCCAAUCCUGAGGACAUAAGAGUUUCUUUAAGAGAAAAAUAUCACUCUCUUCAGCAGAGACUCAGACACUGUGUUGUGAAAGGUCCCCAAACAGAGGAGAUGAUGUCUGUUAUCAUGCAUUCUAUCCAUAAAGUGAGGGUGAAAGCCCUAAAACGUGUGCAGAGAAAUAUAGGUUCUUUCGAAAUGAAUAUAUGGGAGCCAAUUGAAGAAGAAAAGCCAGCUGAGGUUGCAGGUUUUGACAGGUUUUCCUUGGGAACUAGUCUGAGCAGGAGCACACUCACAGAACUGGGCAGUUCUCUGGCUCACAGUGAUGCAGAUAUGGCCGAUACCCUCUCAGAAGCUUUGUCAGCUGAAGAAAAAAGCAGGACACAUUUCUAUCGAAGAAGUGCCCAAAAUCACAUGGAAUUGGCAUUGACUGGUAAGCCCAAAGGUAAAAAAAUAUGUAAUCAAAAGGAAAACCCUAAAAGAAAAGAAGAUUGUGAAAAGUUAUUACAAAAUGCACUUCCUGUAAUAGGUGUUUGGGAAUUUGAACGUGACGAUGACGAAUAUAUUAAAUUCCUUGAACUCUUCUUGAGUUAUGUUCUUGAAAGAGACCUACUUAGUUCCAAGGAUGCUGGCAUUCCAUUUCUAACUAGUUUUUCUGGAUAUCUUAGAGAACAUGAACUUAAUUCUUUACUUUUUGAUGUACAUACAACGUUAAAACGACGUCAGGGCAAAAGCAAAAGCCAGAAUGUGUUCAGGGCCGGCUCCUGCUUUGUUGUUGCUCCUGAGUCAUAUGAGUGUGAAAAAUCAGAAAACCAGACACUUUCGGCUUCUGUACUAGCUAAUCAAGGGAUCAGGCAUUUUUCCAAGAGCCCUUUGAAUGAAGUCAAUAAAAAUGAAGGGAAGAGUGGGCUGUUCGGUUUAAAACAGAAGUCAGUUUAUAGAAUACAAGAUGACAAGGCAGAGAAAACUUUAAUACAGAGAUUGUCAAACCAUAGUGUUUGCAUUCCCAAAUCCGCUGAAACUAGAAGAUGUAUUUUCAAAGCAAUUCAAUGCAAUGAUAUUAACCCUCAAGAAGAUCUUCCUGUAGCACUAAGUAACACAUGUGACAAUAUAAGAAGGCUAUUGGAAUGGAUGAUAAGAUGGUCUGAUAAAAGACUGCUCUGUGAUUCUGGCCUCACUGAGCCAUCCUGUGGGUACAGUCCUGUCAUUCGUGUAAAGACGUCUACAGCUGCCAUUCUUACAUCAUUGUGGCUUUUGGAACAACCCUAUCUUGCUACAUAUAAGGCAAAAAAUGCCAUCGUUAAGGUGCUAGAGAAUAAUUCCUCUGGGCCUCAGAAUGGACCCAGUAUAGAGAGUGAUUAUAAAACAGAUGCUGGCUGUUCUAUUGCAGUAUCCACUCAAGGUGGGACUGAGGAAAUAAAUGAUCAAAAUGAAUCCUGUCAAAGUAUCUUGAACUGCUUCAUUUUUGUCAAUAGAAUAUCAACAGAGGUAAAAAAUCCUGAAAUAAAAGGAACCAAAGAUGAGAUUAUAUCUGUCACUGAUGAUACUGAAAAAGAAUUUGUAGAUAUCGAUGAGGAUCUUUUAGAAGUAGAAGCAUUUACACAGGAGGAAGUGGAUAUAUACCCAUCAGACUGUGAAGAGGAUGCCAAAGAGGUUGCCAAAGAACCUGUGGAAAGUCCCAAUAUUGCCGUUUAUAUGCAGAUGCAGACCUUACCACAGCAUUUAGAAGAGCAUUCCACCGGAGAGGCUCAGUGUCUAAGGGAAGGACCAUUGGAGACAUGUAUGGAGGAAGAAUCAACUGAACAGAAAGGUAUGAUCGAAGCCUCUACACAUCUUGAACACAUCAUUCCUCAUUCAUUUUGUGUAGAUACAAAUUCAGAAGUUUCUAGUACUCCAAUCUCUGUGUGUAAAGAGAAAUCUUCCUCAGCUCCACCUUUGGCAUCAAAUGGAGUCACAGUGGCUUCACAAACACCUGGACCAGCAGCUCAGCCAACCCAGAGAAAUGAACCCAGGGCUCAGUUAUCACAGUCUUCUGAUUCUGUUAGACAAAUGCUCCAAGAUGAAAUGUUUAAAUUAGUCCAGCUGCAACAGAUCAACUUCAUGAGCCUAAUGCAAAUAGUAGGAUCAUCCUUUGCUAACCUCCCAGAUAUUCAUCAGCUUCUACAACAGUCCCAGUCUGUGCAUGUGGUGGGAAGCCAAGGAUCAAACGCCACAAGAGGGAGUAAUGAUGUUGGAGACACCAGUAGAAAUCUGAAGGAGAGAUUUUUCAUUAAACCACAACCCAUGGGAGAGUAUGCCAGAGAGGCUAGCAAGAACAGCCCACACUGCCAUAAAGAAAUUGUGCAAUCCAAUGAAAAUAGUAAUGGAAACUUAGAGCAUGUUCCACAUGGGAGUGCUCCUUUUUGUCAAUCAGAAGGUCAGCCCCAGAAUAGAGGACUAACUCCAGGCUCUCACAGCUUACCAACCACUUCUUUGUCUCCAGUCCCUGCUGGAAACACUCACCUCCACCUUUUGUCUGCAUCUUCUGCCAUUCCAGAGACACCUAGACUUAUCCCCACUGCAAAUACUUCCAGACGUAGUGAUGGUUUCCCUUUGCUUCAGUUUCAGCCUAAGCCUGAAUUUAAGCCCGUUUCCUUCCACACAGAGAGAGUUCCUCAAGUUCCCUUCAGUCCUCUGCCACAGCCUAGAGAGGCUUGGGGAUUAUCUGAUUUCUCACAGCCUCCUUUGCCAAAGGUAGCAAUGGACACUACUUCAAUAUCCCAUUUGAAUCUGAGCCAGUAUAAUACUGAAGCCAUAAAAACAGCAGCUGAGCCGAAAAAAUGGGCAGAAACAAUAACUAAAGAAAUCCCAAAACAUGUGAACUUGGAUCAGUGUGUUGGACAAGAAAACUUGACACCUCAACAGAACUCUACAACAUUUAUAAAACCAGAAAAUAUUUUUGAUGUUAAACCAGGACUCUUUGAGAUAUCUUCUCAGAAUUCCUCUGGACUUCCUUUAUUGCACCUGCAACUUAAACCUCCUUACAUGUUUUCUUCUACCUCAAGAGCAUCAGUUACAGUUCCAUCAAUACCUAUUAGAACCAUGGCAGAAGAAAGAAAAUGCCCAAGAUUAUCACUACUUCAUUCAUGUCUAGGCCCAGAAAAUAUGUACCAAAACCCACAACUUAUUCCACUUGAAAACCUCAUUGUAUUUAAACAAAGGCAACAGAACUUGACACAUAAUUUCUUUGAACAAGGUGAUCCUGGACAUCUCCAGCUUCUAAAGGUCAAAACAGAAUCAUCUGAAUUGAGGCAAGGGAAGGACAGUAAAAAAAGACAAAGACGACGAGCUGAAAAAGAACUGCAAGAAGAAAGAUCAGAGAAACUUAGGAGAAAACCAAGUGUGACUUUCCAACCAGAGGAUAUCAUCAUUAAUGAUAAUGAUCCAGAAGUAGUCGUGAAACCCAAGGAGCAACAAGAACAUCAUGGUUCCCAGCCUUUAGAAGACUUUGACAUUUCUUUUGAAAAGCUCCAAGAUGAUGUUAAUACUUCCGCUGGAUUGCAUUUCAUGGCCUCUGUAAAAAAGAAAGCUAAAGAAUGUCAGGAUGCAAGUACAAAUACAGACCCAGAACAUGAAUCUUUGAAUGUUCCUCAACUUUUGGCUCCAGAUAUAUGUCUAAAUCUCAGACUUCCCACUGAAAUAUCAGAGAAACCUCUGUCACCCUCAGCAUCUGAUACGGUUGGACACACUUACAUAAAUGUGAUUGACAUUGAAGCUGAUGAUCUACAGGAAUUACCUGUCAAGGAAGAGCCUUCAGAUAAUACCAAGCAACACAGUGAUUGUCUAGAAGUCCCGUCUUCUGCAGAAUUACAUUACAUGGCAGCUUCAGUUACUAAUGCUAUUCCCCUGACUCUUGACAAUCUCAAGAGUAAAGAAUCUGCCUAUUCCGCUGUGGAUUUAUGCUUUAAACCUGCGAAAGUGUCUCCAUCCUGUCUGGGUGGAUGCGGCUGGAGAGCGGGCAGUACAGAAGUGAAGGAGCCUCGUGUCAGCUCACCUCUGCCAUCCGACAUAUGGCAGGACACAGAUACUCCGAAGCCAGAUUUUCGCUUUAAGGAACCGAGCUCAAAGUCAGAUGCUACAGAAGACUAUCUGCUGUGGGAGGUGCUACAGGAAGUCCCCACGGCUCGUCCUGCACCAAGCCCUGCCGCUCGCCGGCUGGAGCAUCUCACCGCAAAGCUUCAGAGAAUUGAUGAACAGCUAUUAGCAAUACAGAACCUUGCUGAAAACAUAGAGCACAAUUACCCCAGACACACAGUGCCAGACCGACAUUGUGUGAAGGUUGAACCUGUGGGUCCCAUUGAACUGUCUUCUGGCCCUGAAUCGGAAAAAACAUUCCCUUCAAAAACCAUUAGCAUUUCUGAAGAAGAAGAUCAGAGGGACAAAGAAGAGAUUUCAGUAAUGGAAACUUACCCUAGCCAGAAAACCUAUGUGCUUCCUUCAGCUCAUUCAGCCGUCAGCCUUUCCAGUGACCAGAAUGUGACUUCUCUUGGUGUGAAUAACAGUGAUGAAUUAUUUGAAAGGGUUUCGGUAGACCCACUCCAGAUGAGUGAACUGACUGAUAUUGCAGACAUCAUCAGUGACCUUAUAACAAAAGAUGGAGUUUCCCGCGAAGAGCUUGGCCUAACAGAGCAACAGGCUAGGAGCAUCUCCAGGAUUCAACAUCCCUCUGGUAGACGUCCACAAAGAACAGAGAAGGAGAGAAGAGAGAUUCAAGUCUGGAUGAAAAGAAAACGAAAAGAAAGAAUGGCAGAGUACUUAAAUCAGCUGGCAGAGAAGAGAGGGCAAGAACAUGAUCCUUUCUGCCCCCGGAGUAACCCAUUUUACAUGACUUCAAGGGAAAUCAGGCUGAGACAAAAGAUGAAGCAUGAAAAAGACAGAUUGCUACUCUCUGACCACUAUAGUCGUCGACUCUCACAAGCGUACACUCUGAUGAACGAACUGUUAUCUGAAUCAGUACAACUUCCAGCAGCUGCUCAGAAACCAUUGCCUAACAAACCCAGAAAAGCUCCGAUUCCCAGAAGGCAAUGCUCCCCUUCUCCAGGAGGAGAGAAUCGACAUGGUCACAAUUUUCCAAUAUACAGACCUGGAAAAGUCAGACAUACAUCCACCAAACCAAGUUAUACCCAAAAAGGGAGACCUUUUGGGCAAUCUCAAGGCUCACCUUGGCCACGUGAAACUGCUACUUUUACCAUACAGAGAAAAGCUGGUGCAGCCAAAAUGGCAGUUAGAAAGGUUGUACAGUCUCCAGUUAUCAUCCGAAAAGGCCCCAGUGCUCCCUGUCGGCAGUGUACAAAAAAUCACAGAAGCGCUGGGCUUGCACCUCAAACCAAGGAGGUGUGUAUAGAGUAUGAGCGAGAAGAGACUGUGGUGAGCCCAUGGUUGGUACCUUCAGACAUCCGUGCAAUUCUCCACGAGAGUCACAGUUCCCUGCUACAGGACUCUUCACCAACUGAAGAAAAGUCAGAGGCUCCUUCUGGGGUUGGUGGCAUGGAGAGUUUGUCUGAGAGCACAGGCAGCAUCCUCAGCAAGCUUGACUGGGAUGCUGUUGAAGACAUGGUGGCCGGCGUGGAGGACAAGAGCCUCUCUGUCCACUGGUCCCUAGACCUGUAA